AUACGACUACUACAGCAGGACUUCCUGAGCUCCCGGAUCGCGCUCUAUAAGGCGGCGCACGUCUACUUCACGGAGUCGUGUCCGGACGAGCUGUUCAACGAGCUGUGUAAGAGUCCGUGCGCUAAGUAUAUCAAGACCCUGAAGGAGAUCAACAUAGCGUUCCUGCCGUACGAGUCGCAGGUCUUCUCACUGGACUGUCACGAAUCGUUCCACGCGUACUAUAACCCGGCGAAGCAGAGCCUCCGCACCCAGACGUUGGAACGGCUGGCCGAACAGGUGGCCACACUAUGCGCCACACUCGGCGAGUACCCGAGCGUUCGGUACCGGAGCGACUACGACCGCACCGUCGAGUUGGCGCAGAUGGUGCAGCAGAAACUGGACGCUUAUAAGGCCGACGAGCCCACGAUGGGAGAGGGCCCGGAGAAGGCGCGCUCGCAACUGCUAAUCAUCGACCGGGGCUUUGACUGCGUGUCGCCCCUCCUCCACGAGCUGACCUUCCAGGCCAUGGCCUACGACCUGUUGCCCAUCGAGAACGAUGUCUACAAAUUCGAGGCCACGUCUGGGAACGAAGUGCGCGACAAAGAGGUGAUACUCGAC